UGGUCAUCCCACUACUCUUCAGAUCAGACUCUUCAGGGGAAAUGGUUUUAAGGAACGAUGGUCAGGAGGAGCUCUCACCUCCCAUUUGGUGCACUUCUAGAGAGAUGCAAAGUGCUAGAGACUGUGUUAAUACACCAGAAGGAACACCUGGAGGGUUUGGCCUGAAUCCUCUACAGAAAAACGUCAUCCAAGAAGACCAAACAGACAACCUGAAGACCUUCCUGAAGGGGGAGCCCCAAAUCCUGGGGGUGGCCCAGAUUCUGAUUGGUCUGAUGAAAGUGUGCCUGUUUGCUACAAAUCAGUGUUUCUAUUAUUCUGACUUCAGUUAUUGGUGUCAUCCCUUGAGCAUGGUCUCAGGAUAUCCGAUAUGGGGAUCCUUCUUUUUCCUCAUAUCCGGAGCGGUGUCUAUUGCUGCUGGAAGAAACAGGACCCUGAACCUGAUCAAGGGCAGCCUGGGAAUGAACACGCUCAGUGCUGUGGUUGGAGGAAUAGGGACAAUCAUAUCAACAGUAGAACUGACUGUGGAACUUAAGUCGGAAAGAAGGUGUCUUAUUUUUAGGGCAUUUGAGACUGUGAUACUGGUCCUUUCCCUCCUGGAAGUCAGCAUCGCCAUCUCUCUUUCUGUGUUUGGGUGCAAGGUGACCUGCUUUGUCUCGCAGGUGGUGGUUAUCCAGUCAACCAAUGACAAGGUGCCCUCAGUAACGGCCCCUUAUGAACAUGUUUAUGAGGAGCUGGAGUUUUAACAGAAUUGUUCCUGCUUUUAGAAAAGUCAUUCGCUGUGCGUCACUAAGUCAAUAAUAGCUUGCCUGCCAGGAAGUGCUCACAUUUGUGCACAAGAACAGUUAUUACAAAACCAAAUAAAAUACAUUUUUUCCCUCUA